AUGAAAAUGGCGUCCAAGGUCGCCAUCUGGAUGUCAAUCAUCCUCGCGACCAUUACAGCGGCCGCCCCCUACUCUUCAACCUACAAUUAUGGCUUCGAUGCUGGAAACUUGGUCAAACGUCAAACGCAGCAACCCAUAAUUGUCAGCAGACUGCCCUCGAUCAACGGAACUGUUCCGGCUCGACCGGAGAUUAGAGAGAUGAAGCAAAACCCCUACAAGUGGAAUCUUUUCCUACUUUCCAUGAGCAUGUUGCAAUACACGGACCAGAAUGAUCAGCUUUCUUGGAAGGUAUUCAUGGCGUUCCUUUCACCCCGUGGAAUGGCGUCUCAGGCGCCCCAGGGGUUAAUGACCGAGGUUACUGCACCCACAUGUCUAUCCUGUUUCCGCCAUGGCACCGCAUUUAUCUUUCUCUUUAUGAGGUUAGAUGACUCUCUUCCAGUGCCUCGAUACAAUCUACUGACACCGCGGCAGCAAGUUAUCUUUCGUCUUAUCCAAAUGAUUGCAAGUUGGUUUACGGAUCCCAUUGAACGAGCAGUUUAUCGUGCCGCUGCCACCGAAUUCCGGAUUCCAUAUUGGGACUGGGCUAUGACACCACCGCCCGGGGAGAGCACAUUCAUGCCCGAAUUCGAAGCACCUGGUAUCCAAGUUUACGGCCCCAAUGGAUGGCAGUUCAUCGCGAAUCCCCUUCACAGCUAUAAAUUUCGUCCACUAGAUCCCGAGGUGUUUUCUGAAGGAGAUUUUCCAACCUGGACAGAGACCAAGCGAGCGCCCUUCGAAACAAUGGACAACCGCAGCAUAGCGCACGCCAUCGACCAUGCUAGACCGGCCCUGCAGGAGAGACUAUAUAUUCUUUUGUCUAACUACAAGGAUUACGGACCCUUCAGCAACAAGUACUGGAGCACCGCCACCAACCAGUCUCAGUUCGACUCUGUUGAGGCACUUCAUGAUGCGAUGCAUGUGUUGGUUGGAAACCGUGGCCAUAUGUUCUACAUCCAGUACUCGGCCUUUGAUCCAAUUUUCUUCCUUCAUCAUACCAUGAUAGACAGGGUUGUCAUGAUGUGGCAAGCUCUGAACCCGACAUCAUGGGUAACGCCUCAGGUCGGAAUGGAGCAUUCAUUCACCAUGCCACCAGGGGAAAUUCAGAAUAUCACAACAGACCUGAAGCCCUUCUACGCAAAUGCCAGCGGCGGUUUUUGGAAUUCGGCAAUGGCAAGGGACACAUUACCCUUCGGAUAUUCGUAUGCAGAGACGACUCCUGUUCAGGAGAAGUGGAGUUCUGAAGAUCGCGCCCGGCUCAUUGAGACGAUCAAUCGGCUAUAUGGAUCAUCCAGUCCAUCGAGUCUAAGCCAGAAGCGUAGAAGAAUCUUGCCAAGAAGGGGGGGCGAGGCCAUUUCACAAAUUCGCAAAGGCAUUGUAUUAGAUGAAGCUGUGACGGAUUUUUUAGAGGGGCCCGACGUUGUUACAAAGUCGAUCAACGAAGGCAACUUGUACACUGAAUGGAUCGCCAACGUGCACGUGUCAAACGGGGCGCUGAAUGGUUCGUUUGCAAUUCACUUCUUCCUUGGCCAGGUUCCUCGGGACAUAGGGCUAUGGUUAGUAGCUCCGAGUUUAGUUGGAUCGAUGAACGUCUUUGCCAUGAAAAACAUGGGCACUGGCCACCACAUGUCUGGAACAGUUCCGUUAACAUCAGCUUUGAUGCGAAUGGUGUCUGCGGGAAGAAUCAAGGGGCUCGGUCUGGAUCAUGUGAAACCAUUCCUGCAGGCGUUUCUUCAGGUUCGCAUUGUCGGAGAGGACGGAGUCGAAGUAGACGUGAACUCCUUGAAGAGUCUAUAUGUUCACAUAGUAAGUUCUCAGGUCCAAGAGGCUAGGCAUGCAUGGGAGCUUCCAAGCUGGGGUCCUGUAAUUGAACGGUUCAAGUUGAAAAUUAGUCAAUAG